UAAACUUAUUAAAUAGAUCUUGAGUUUCUUGUUACAAGUUAAAUUGAUCUCGCGAUUCGUCAUGCCUCGGAAGUCACGCUCAAGAUCUGUGUCCCGUUCAAGAAGCCGAAGCAGAGAUAGAAGGGACCGAUCUCCUAGCCCAGACAGACGACGACGAAGAAGUAGAAGCAGGUCAAGGUCCCAUGGUCGAAGAUCCGAAAGAAGUGGUAUUCAACCUUCGAAAUGUCUGGGAAUAUUCGGACUAAACGAACGAACAACUGAAAGAGACAUCGACAGGAUUUUUGGCGACUAUACUGGUUACAAGAACUGCAAACUGAUCAAAGACUACAUGUCCGAAAGGAACAGAGGCUUCGGUUUUAUGAAUUUUGAGACCGUUGACGAUGCCAGCUAUGUCCGAGACAGAUGCAACGGCAAGGAUAUCCAAGGGAGAAUUGUGCGGAUCGAGUUCUCGUUGUCCCAACGGGCCACUACACCCACACCUGGGAUGUAUUUUGGUGUGCGAGCGAGGGAUGAACGUGGGGAGGAUGCGCGUCCGUACCGUGAGAGAGAUCGAAGAGGCGGUGGUGGGGGAGGGGGAGGAAGUGGAAGGAGAGACUACAGAUCUCGAUCCAGAUCCCGGUCGCCCUACAAUGGCAGAAGACGAUGAACCAAAAUCGUACCCCUGCGACAAGCUCCUGGACCGAAAUCAACUGAUGAAACAAACUUUACGCUGUACUCUUGUGUGCUGCUUAACCAUUACAUGUUCAUUUAGUGUUACCAAAUACUAAUUGGUUGAAUAGUUUUAAAUGAGUUACUAUCGCAGUUUAACUUAAUUACUCGACAUGUUAUGUUUUGUUGUUCCGAUUUGUGUAUGAGUUGUUUAUUAUCUUACCGAUAUUUUUGUAAUUUACUUGAUUGGCAUCUUUUAA